CCGCCGCCGCCACGCUAGGCCGAGGAUUGGCAGCGAGCGUAGGCCGCGCCGCCGCUGAUGGAGCCGGAAUAAAGGGGCGGCCGAGAGAGCAGCUGGUCGCCGCUUGCCCCGCGCCUGGCCCUGCGGGCGGCCUGGAGCAGAACCGAUCUCCUGGAAGGCAGAGGAAAGGACCUUGCCUUGAAGAGCCCCGUCCUGUAGACACAGCCUUAUAGUCUGUCUUUUUGGUUAAUGACUGGGGCUGUCUGACGCAUCCUUUUCUGUGCCUUAUUGAGGUCUUUGUCCGUCCCUGAGAUCGGGCAGCUUCUCUCUCUGGGUUGGGUCACCAUAAGCGGGAAACUGAAGCCAUUACUCUCCAAGCCUUGUUUCAUCUUUCCAAGCAUGUCAGAAACCUGGCAGCAGCCACCACAGACGCAGCCGCAGCAGCCGCAGCCACCUCAGCCUCAGCACCAUGCAGAACCACCACCGGCCCUGGCGGAACACACACUGCCCCCAGGCACGGCUGAGAACCCCCUGGGCUGUGCUGUCUAUGGCAUCCUCCUGCAGCCGGACCCAGGCCUGCAGCCCCCACAACAUGCACCCCUCCAGGCAGCCGGCGAGCAGGGCCCCAAAUGCGGGGUGUGUGGUCAUGACCUGGCACACCUUUCCAGCCCACAUGAGCACCAGUGCCUGGCGGGUCAUGACCGCUCGUUCCAGUGCACCCAGUGCCUCAAGAUCUUCCACCAGGCCACAGACCUGCUGGAGCACCAGUGUGUGCAGGCGGAGCAGAAGCCUUUUGUCUGUGGGGUCUGCAAGAUGGGCUUCUCUCUGCUCACCUCCCUGGCGCAGCACCACAGCGCCCAUACUGGCCUUGUGAAGUGCUCCAUCUGUGAGAAGACCUAUAAGCCAGCGGAGGCCGCUGAGCCAGCCGCCACUGCCGGCCCUUCACUUCCCCCUGCGCCCCCACCUCCUGCUGUAGCCCCUGCAGAACAACCCGAAAAGCCCUAUAGCUGCCCCAUCUGCCAGAAGCCCUUCAAGCACCUCUCGGAGCUCUCUCGCCACGAGCGGAUCCACACUGGUGAGAAGCCAUACAAAUGUACGCUGUGUGACAAGAGCUUCAGCCAGUCGUCUCACCUGGUGCACCACAAGCGCACACACAGCUCGGAGCGCCCCUACAAGUGCGCGGUGUGUGAGAAGACCUUCAAGCACCGCUCUCACCUGGUGCGCCACAUGUAUGCUCACUCGGGGGAGCACCACUUGUUCCGCUGCAACGUGUGCGAGCUGCACUUCAAAGAGUCGUCGGAACUGCUGCAGCACCCUUGCACCCCGAGUGGUGAGCGGCCCUUCCGCUGCGGCGAGUGCCAGAAGGCCUUCAAGCGGCCGUCGGACCUGCGGCAGCACGAGCGCACACACAGCGCUGAGCGGCCCUUCAAGUGCGACCUGUGCCCCAUGGGCUUCAAGCAGCAGUACGCGCUCAUGCGGCACCGGCGCACACACAAGACCGAAGAGCCCUUCAAGUGCGGCCUGUGCGAGAAAGGCUUUGGACAGCCCAGCCACCUGCUCUACCACCAACAUGUACACACCCUCGAGACUCUCUUCAAGUGCCCCGUAUGCCAGAAGGGCUUUGACCAGUCGGCUGAGCUGCUGCGGCACAAGUGCUUGCCAGGCUCCACCGAGAGGCCCUUCAAAUGCCCUGUAUGCAACAAGGCUUACAAGCGGGCAUCAGCCCUGCAGAAGCACCAGUUGACGCACUGCUCCUCGGCUGAGAAGCCCCUGCGCUGCACGCUCUGUGAUCGCCGCUUCUUCUCUUCCUCAGAGUUUGUGCAGCACCGCUGCGACCCUGCACGUGAGAAGCCGCUCAAGUGCCCGGACUGCGAGAAGCGCUUUAAGUAUGCUUCAGACCUGCAGCGCCACCGCCGGGUGCACACGGGUGAGAAACCCUACAAGUGCCCCAACUGUGACAAGGCCUUCAAGCAGCGUGAGCAUCUCAACAAGCACCAGGGCGUGCAUGCCCGGGAGCAGCAGUUCAAGUGUGUGUGGUGUGGAGAGCGCUUCCUGGACGUGGCCUUGCUGCAGGAGCACAGUGCCCAGCACAGUGCCGCAGCUGCAGCGGCUGAGGGUGCCUACCAGGUGGCUGCCUGCCUGCCCUGAGAGCCUGUGGCCCACUGGGCCCAGUCCAGCCACGCCUCCUUUCAGCCUCCUUGCAGCUGCAUCACACUGAGGCCCCACCCAGCUCAGUGUUCUGAGUCCCUGGGAAGGAGGACAGAAGGGCUCUGGGGAGGGGGCAGGUGUGUAGUGCCAAGCACUCUUGGCACCAGCCUGCCCGUGAGGAGAGGCAGAUACAGAUUCCAUAAACUUCCCAUCACCGGAAUCCCUCCUGAGCCAAUAGCCUCCCUUAGCUCUGGGGACUGGAAUCCCACUGACAGUCAAGUGGCUCCAGCCUUCCCAAAGCUUCCAGCCUAGUUAGAAAUCAGAUGGGGGGAGGGGGGAGGGUUAUGGUAGGGCCUGCACCCCAGAGGUAGGCUCGGUGCAGAGCAUCCCUUCAAGUUGCUCUUUAGGGAGGAAGGCCAGUUUUGUGGUGUAGUCCAGGGGAUGAGGAGGGCAGAUGGGGAGCCACAGACCUAUCUGUCUGCCCUAGCCAAAGGUGAUGUUUCCCUAUGCUUCUGACAGUUGAGAUGUUCAGGACAGGAGCCGGCCUAGCCAGAAGUGGGGACACAGACAUUCCUGUGAUACCCUCAACCAGGGACAGUGCUGUCUAGGGAGAAGGAAGACGAGCAGCCUGUUUGUGCUGAGAGCUUAUCCCGUAGCUUUGGAAGCACCCUCUUACCUUUGCGUGUGGCUCUGAGCUCUGGUAGAGGGCUGCAGUGUGAAAGGUGGGGACAGGGAGGCCUCCAGGGCUCAGACGUAAUGGGCCAAGCCCAUGAUGCCCCCAGCAGAUGCACAAGUGUCCUCGCCACAAAUUGUGUGAACCAAAGUGUCUGGGGCUCAGGGUUGUAGUCCCAGUCAGCCAGCCCCAGCCCUGCCUCAAGGCCCAGACCAGGUGCCAGGGUGGUGAAUGGCCUCUGACCCCACAGUGCCCUCCCAGCCCAUGGGAAUACAAGCCCUCCAUCAGUCUGGCUGCUGGCCUGGACCCUAGGGAUCUUAGGCUCUGGACAACAUCCAGCUACUUCCAUGCCCAGAGUGUUCUCCUUUGGAGAUUCCUAGAGUCUCUGCUAGGUCUCUUGGGGCAGAAUGCGUCCAGGGCAUGGGGAGGAAGAGGAACAAGUGGGUUAAGGAAUGCAGUGUGCGGUGAGCCUGUCAGGUGAAUAGAGUUGAGCAAGAUCGCUGAUGGCUAGGGCCCUCCUUGCAACCCAGAGAAGCUUUAUCGUCAGAAUCAUUUUGAACCCAGCUCUGCUGCUGCCCUCUUCUGGCUCCAUCUGCUCCUAGUCUUAAGACUUGAGCAGUACACCCGCCAAGGGACGAAGGGGCAAGAAGACACCAGCUUUCCUCUCUCACCAUGUGGAAUCUGAACAGCUGCGUCCACCGCGUCUACUUGACUGGGUUCCCUUCUGUGCCACAGAGAGGGGCUGGCCUUUCCCCCUGGUGCUGGCUCCUGGUCAUAAUGCCUCAAAAGAAUGGAACCCAAGCUCUGACGUUCCCGACUGCUGUUUUUCCAUUCAUUUUGCUUUCUAAAAGCAGUUUGUUAUACUAUUCAUAACACUGUAGUUUAAUUUCAUGUCAAUUUUGGGUCUUAUAUAUAAAUGUGAGAAUUUGGAUUUUUAAAAAGAAUGACUCCAUUCUAGGUAGCCACUUUUGAUGUUAAUAUAUAGUGAGUCCAAUGUAUGCUUUAGAAGUAAAGACAUUGACCAUCACAGACC